AUGGGCAAGGACACCAUCACUCUCGCUUCCGGCCGUGAGAUGCCCCUCGUGGGCUUCGGUCUGUGGAAGGUUCCCCGCGAGACCUGCGCCGAUACCGUCUACAACGCUAUCAAGACCGGUUACCGCCUCUUCGAUGGCGCCUACGACUAUCAGAAUGAGAAGGAGGCCGGCGAGGGUGUUCGCCGCGCCAUCGCCGACGGUCUGGUGAAGCGUGAGGACAUCUUCAUCACCACCAAGCUGUGGAACAACUACCACCGCAAGGAGCAUGCCGUCGCCAUGGCAAAGAAGCAGAACGAGACCUGGGGCCUGGGCUACAUUGACCUGUUCCUCAUUCACUUCCCUGUUGCCCUCAAGUACAUUGAGCCCUCCAAGCUCGAGUACCCCUGCUGGUGGAUGGACGCCGCGCAGACCAUCGUCGAGCCCGACAACGUCCCCAUCCGCGAGACCUGGGAGUGCAUGGAGCAGAUCGCAGACGAGGGCAUCGCAAAGUCCAUCGGCGUCUCCAACUUCCAGGCCCAGUCCCUCUACGACAUCCAGUCCUACGCCCGCCAUCCCAUCUCCGCCCUGCAGAUCGAGCACCACCCGUACCUCGUCCAGCCCGACCUCAUCUCCAUGGCCCAGGAGAACAAGAUCGCCGUCACGGCCUACUCCUCCUUUGGCCCCCAGUCCUUCCUCGAGAUCUCCAACAAGCGCGCCACCGGCGCUCAGGGCCUCUUUGAGGUCGAUGCCAUUAAGGCGAUCGCGGACAAGUACAAGGUCACUCCCGCGCAGGUCCUGCUGCGCUGGGCUACCCAGCGCGGCGUCGCUGUCAUUCCCAAGAGCAACAGCCAGCACCGCCUGAAGCAGAACCUCGAGGUCAACGGCUUUGACCUGACUGCCGAGGAGAUCGAGUCCAUCUCUGACCUUGACCGUGGUCUCCGCUUCAACGACCCUGGGUUCUACCUGCCCCAGCGCCCUCUGCGCAUCUUCGCAUAA